UAUAAGACAGCGAACCGUGGGGAUGAACCUCAGCCCUCUCAUGUAAACAGCAGCAGGAGACUCAGAGGCUGAGAGCAGUGCACCCUCACUGCAGAGCCCUACAGGGUCUCUUUCCAGCCAUCUGGGAUCUCCGUGAACCCAAAUUAUUUCUCUCAUCUCCCUCCAAAUUUCCGGUUGCAAAUUUUUGUGGCCAUUUUCUUUAUUUUUUUUACCUUUUUAAAUCGGGAUUACUUUUUCAAAUAUUUUGGCCAAGAUGGUUCAGAAGAAAAGCCCUGAGAUGAAAGGAUUUCACCGUUCUUUUAAGGGACAGAAUCCCUUUGAGAUGGUGGAUUAUGGCAUGGGAUCCAGAGAAAUGGAAUCUGUGUUCAAUUUUGACUGCCCUUCACGCCGUGAUAUUCCCUCUAGUGCCCCUAUAGACAUUCCUGAUGCCAAGAAAAGAACAAAAAAGAAAAAAAGGUGCAGAGCAACAGACAGUUUUACGGGGCGCUUUGAGGAUAUGUACCAGCUGCAAGAUGAAAUUCUUGGUGAAGGCGCAUAUGCUAAGGUCCAGUGCUGCAUUAAUCUCAUCACUAACAAAGAGUAUGCAGUAAAGAUCAUCGAGAAGCGACCAGGACAUAGUCGAAACAGAGUGUUUCGGGAAGUGGAGAUGCUAUAUCAAUGUCAGGGACAUAGUAAUGUCCUUGAGUUGAUUGAGUUCUUUGAAGAAGAGGAAAAAUUUUAUCUAGUGUUCGAGAAGAUGUGUGGCGGCUCCAUACUGAACCAUAUUCACCGCCGCAGGUAUUUCAAUGAAAGAGAGGCGAGCAUUGUGGUGCGCGAUAUAGCUGGGGCUCUGGACUACUUGCACAACAAAGGUAUAGCGCACCGGGACCUGAAACCAGAAAAUAUUCUUUGUGAAAGUCCAGACCAAAUCUCCCCAGUGAAGAUCUGUGAUUUUGAUUUAGGAAGUGGGAUAAAACUGAACAGUGACUGCUCCCCAAUAUCCACCCCAGAGCUGCUUACCCCGUGUGGUUCUGCAGAGUAUAUGGCCCCAGAAGUAGUGGAGGCCUUCAACGAAGAGGCAUCCAUUUAUGACAAGCGCUGUGAUCUGUGGAGCCUGGGGGUUAUCCUGUAUAUCAUGCUGAGUGGGUAUCCGCCAUUUGUAGGGCACUGUGGGAGCGACUGUGGCUGGGACAGAGGAGAAGCCUGUACUGCAUGUCAGAACAUGCUGUUUGUUAGUAUCCAGGAGGGAAAGUACGAGUUCCCAGACAAAGACUGGGCUCACAUCUCCUAUGGAGCCAAAGAUCUAAUCUCAAAGCUUCUGCUUCGGGAUGCCAAGAAAAGACUGAGUGCUGCACAGGUCCUGCAGCAUCCAUGGGUGCAGGGGUGUGCACCAGACAAUACGCUUCCAACUCCAAUUAUCCUACAGAGGAACAGCAGUGCCAAAGAUCUAACAUCAUUUGCAGCUGAAGCUGUCGCAAUGAACCGCCAGCUGAUGGAGCGUGAGGAGGAAGAGGACGGAGCGGGCUCUUCAUCUUCCUCCUGCCCCAUUGUGGUGAAAGCUACCUCUUGUUCCAUGCAACUUUCCCCACCUUCUGAGUCAAAGCUGGCCAAGCGGAGGCAAGGAAGCAGAGGUGGUAUUUCCCCUACCAGCACAGCACCCAUUAUCACUGUCAGUGACUGAGGACCCCACCCAACUGCUAAGAAUUCCAUUUUUGGUAGAUGUAUGUAAAUCCACAUCUGGAAUUGAAUGGCUUCCUGGAGUCUUUACACUUCUUGCCCCGUUUACUGCAGGGCAUCAAUCAAGGGAUGAUUUAGGGGUGAACACAAUGCUUUUUUUCCCUUGUAUGAUAUUCAGAACUUUUAAAGGUGUCAGUACUUAGGAAUUUUUUUUUUUAAACCUGUAUUUAGGUUUUGUUUCCAUCUAUCUGGUUCUGAUUUUGCAUUAACCUUCUUUUUUUUUCUUUCUUUUAAUCACGCAAAGAAAAAUUUUAUUCCUAUAAUCUCAUUUAUAGGACUGAAUCUGCUUUAAAGAGAUUUAACAUAAGCAUGCAAAAGCGAAAUGGGAAACCACAGCUUAAAGUGUAAUCGCUUAGCAUUUAAGGUUUACACCCUUUUAAAGAUUGUGCUCAUUGGAAGUUAUUUCUCUGAUUCCACCAGUCUCAAAAUGGUUUAUGGCUUGUGGGAAUUCCCCCAAAUCUUAAAAUUUCUAAAAAAAAAAUUUUUUCACCCCAGCGCUA